CCACUUUUUUUUUAAAAAAAAUUAUAAAAGAUAAAUAAAAAGAAGAAAUUUCUAAUUUCUGCUUAUUCGUCCUCCCAUUUUGCUUGGGUUUCAAAUUCUAUUUCCCAUUUGAGAGUAAAGAAAAAAGAAAAAACAAAGAUUAAAUCUUUUUCAGUUUUUCUCCCUUCACCAUUGAACAUUCCUCAGCUCCAUGCCAAUUUCUAUGAAACUAGAUUUGUUCUUCUGGGGAGAGUAAAGAUCAGCUUCAAAGAUUCCAGCUUUUCAUUUUCCUUUCUCCCGUGUUUCAUGAGGGAAAAGGCACGGUUUUAGUAAUUCAAGAGAGCAAAAAAAAACUGAAGUUCCGCAUAGAAAGGAGUGAAAUUUGGCCGAGUUAUUUCUCAGCUUGACUUGUUGCCAGUUGAAGCAUCAUUUUUUGAGUUUGAGUGUGAUGCCGUUAUAUUGUUAGGUGUGGAAACCUUGUCACUUGUCAGAUAUGAGUGAUGUUAGGCUUGGCAAGGUGGUGGAGCAGCAAGGUCAAGGUCAAACAAGGAUUAAGAAUGUUCCAAUUGCUGUCACCCCAGAAGGGUUUUGGUGCUGCCCUUCCCCUGUUGUGUUCCAGAAAGGUCUCAAGGUUCAAACUCCUCUCAACAACAAACCAAAACCCUCUUCACCACCACUACUUUCAAAGAACACUGCUCACAAGAUACCGGCUUCAGUUAUAGAGAGGAGAGCAGUGCCUGCUGCACCACCACCAUCAAGAUUGGUGGUUGCUUCAGAUGUUCAAAAAUGCAGUGAUGACCCCGAAAGGCCUCCAGCUGCAGCAUCUGUGACUACUACAGAGAGACCUCAAAGGAACAAGGUUGAGACUUUGCCCAAGAAGGUUGCUAUUGAGUUUGGUGAAGCUGGAACCUGUGAUAUGAAGGUGGUUUUGUUGGGGAAGCAAGGGUUUUGUGUCAAGUUGAAUGUGCAUAGGGAUGUAUUGAGGGAGAAGAGUAGUUUCUUUGCUGAGAAAUUCUCUGAGUUAGGUGGAAUUUCAUCAUGUCUCCAAAUUGAGGAUUGUGAAGAUGUUGAAAUAUAUGUUGAAACUGUUGGCCUUAUGUACUGCAAAGAAAUGAAGCAGAGGCUUAUGAAGCAGAAUGUUUCUCGCAUUCUUCGAAUACUCAAGGUUGCAGAAUCGCUUGGCUUCAGUUCGUGUAUCCAGUCAUGUUUAGAUCACUUGGAGGCAGUCCCUUGGGUUGGAGAAGAAGAAGAAGAAAAGGUGGUGUCAACCGUACUGCGACUCAAAGGAGAAGGAAUCGGAGUCAACCCUGUGCUAAAACGUGUUUCUCCUGAAAUUUCUAAUGCACAGAAGGAUACUCUAUCCCACAUACUUGAACUUGUUCUCAAAAGCAAUGAGGAGAGAGGUCGCCGAGAGAUGAAAUCCAUAGUUCUAAAGCUCCUUAGGGAGAAUAACAGUCUUCCAGGCUCCACUGGUUCAGCUGACAUAUGCAAUGAUAUGAUUUAUAGAUCAUGCAGAAGCUGCUUGGAUUCAUUAUUGUCACUGUUCAAGCAGGCUGCAGAAGCAGACGUUCCGGACACACCUAGCAUUAGCAGAGAAGCCAUACUAAAACAAAUAGCCCUUGAAGCCGAUAACCUUUCAUGGCUGCUUGAGAUUUUAGUUGACAAACAAGCUGCUGAUGAGUUUGCGCUGAUGUGGGCGAAUCAGGAGGAACUGGCAACCCUACAUGGAAAACUCCCCAUCGUAGCACGCUAUCACAUCAGCUGCAUUUCUGGAAGACUGUAUGUUGGCAUUGGAAGAGGGGAGUUGUUGCCAUCAAAGAACACACGCUUGUCACUGUUGCAGACAUGGUUGCAGCCUCUGAUCAAUGACUACAACUGGUUACAGCACGGAUGCAGGUCGUUUGACAGGAAACUUGUGGAGGAAGGAAUUGGGAGGACUAUACUAACCUUGCCACUGGAGGAUCAGCAGAGUAUUCUGCUUUCUUGGGUGGGGAGUUUCUUGAAAACCGGCGAUGGAUGUCCCAACCUUCAGAGAGCUUUCGAGGUAUGGUGGCGAAGAACCUUUGUUAGACCUUACAUGGAGGGCCAAGGUAAUGAUGCAAUGCAAGAUAGUUGAGAGUGUUGUCAAAGAAGCCUGUCAUGUGUUAAUGGAUAUGUUAAAGUGGUUUUGGAACUUUACUCUUUCUUUCUUUCUUUCUUUCUUUCUUUCUUUUUAAAUUUGAUGAAUUGAAAGAAUGAUAAAAAUAUGUUGAUUUCAGAAA